CUCAUUCCUUGCGUCGUCGCCUCACAGCUUUUGCAAGCAUCCAACUGGUCGCCUGCUGAUCCUCCUUCACCACAGGCUCACAGCUGAGGCAGCGGCGAGGUGUCCGAUUUGGGCACGUGAGCCUCUCAAUCCGGGACGUGACUCCUGCUUGCAGGCAUGAAGACCCCAUUUGGAAAGGCAACUGCAGGGCAGAGAUCCAGGACAGGCGCAGAACAUGCCAGUGUAUCUGUUACCGUGAUGAAGAAGAAGGUUGCACAAAAGAAGCAAAGGAGCAGACUCACCUCCCAGCCUCGAAGGAAUAUCGUGGGUUGCAGAAUUCAGCAUGGAUGGAAAGAUGGAGAUGAACCCUUAACACAGUGGAAGGGAACCGUUCUGGAUCAGGUACCUGUAAAUCCCUCUCUGUAUCUUAUCAAAUAUGAUGGAUUUGACUGUGUUUAUGGAUUGGAACUUCACAGAGAUGAAAGAGUGUCAUCACUUGAAGUCCUUCCCAAUAGAGUUGCAUCAUCUAGAAUCAGUGACACACACUUAGCAGAAAUCAUGAUUGGCAAAGCAGUGGAACAUAUUUUUGAGACAGAGGAAGGUUCCAGAAAUGAAUGGAGGGGGAUGGUCUUAGCUCAGGCACCUGUAAUGAGCUCAUGGUUUUACAUUACUUAUGAAAAAGACCCUGUAUUAUAUAUGUACCAGCUCUUAGAUGAUUAUAAAGAUGGUGACCUCCGCGUUCUUCAAGAUUCCAGUGAUUCUCCUCCAGCAGAGAGGGAGCCAGGAGAAGUUGUAGACAGCCUAGUAGGCAAACAGGUGGAAUAUGCCAAAGAGGAUGGUUCCAAGAGAACGGGCAUGGUCAUUCAUCAAGUGGAAGCAAAACCCUCUGUGUACUUCAUCAAAUUUGAUGAUGAUUUCCAUAUCUAUGUCUACGAUUUGGUAAAAACAUCUUAAAGAUCAUCUUGAAAUUUGCUAAGUAUGUGAAACUGUAAAAUCUGUAGACACAAAAUGUUUUCAUUGCUUUCCAGUUUGUAAAAACCAAUUCCCUUUUUGCACGUUUUUGCUCAGUAAGUUUUGGAAGAAACUUUUUUGCCCUUCUUUCCAGCCUUUUCAUUGGUUCCUCUCCACAGGAAAAUGAUUUCACUAAGGGUGAGGUCUAACAUCCAUUGACCCAUACUUUUAUCUUGGGUGAUGUUAAUAGAUUAAAGGUAACCUAAACACCUCUCACCUCACUCUUUUUGAUACUUGGACCUUCUGCAUUCAUUGGAUUGUGAAGCUUCCUGAGAUAUCCUAUGUGACUGGCUGGGUAGAGUAUUUGCAAUCUGAAAUCUCCCCAUAGAUGGCUUCAAAAGUCUUAACUUGGAAAGGAGUGGGAAGCCCAAUUUGGUCACCUGCCCAAGUUGCAUUUUUAAUUCUAACUUACUAAAAACUAUGGCUAGAAUUUUGCUCCCUUUCUGCUACUUACACCUAUUAUUACUCAACUGCUUCUGAAUCAGAGUAAUCACUUUGCAUUUUAAUAUAUAAACCUAGGCUGAGUAACCUUACACAAUUGAUGAAGGCAAGCACUUGAGGACUAAAUUCCAAGUGGAGAGAUCAAGAUUUCUGGUGGAGAUGAAUUUUGGUGCUCAGAGGCAUUAAGAGCUCUCUUUUCUGUAAUAGUUCUAGAGAUAUCUACAGACAUAGAGUGGAUUUUAACAGAUGCAAGCUGCAUAGGCAGACUUCAGCACAAGUGGGGUUUGCUAGCCCCAUGGAGCAUUAAACUUGGCCCCAGAUAGAGUCCUCAGUCAUUGGGGCAAAGGCUGGUUUUAACCAGGGGUGACAGGCAUGUCCAGAUCCUCAAAUUGAAAAAGCAAAAAUCUGGAAUCCGACUGAUACAGAUUUCUAUCUUGGUCCAAGAGAGACUCUUCAAAAAUUUUAAUUAGGUUUUAGUUUUGAUUCUUAGCAAACUUCAGAGUUACAACAUAGGAGGUGAACAGGUUAUUUACAAGAAGCAGGAAAGAUUGAAAACAGGAUUUGCUUAUUUGCAUAGAUGGGAAGACUCAUCUAUCCUAGUGUCCCAAUGGGACUAUGAAACAUACUCAGUGUUAGAUAAUCUGUAGGCCUAAUGAUGUUUUAAGUGCUGGCAUUGGUAGAUAAAAAUCUAACAGGUUUUUUUUAAGUGUUCUGUUUUUCAACUCUAUUCUGUUUCUUGGUUGGCCCUAAGAAACUCAUAUGCAGAUAAGACUGAACACUAUGGCAACAGAAAAUUAAGCAAAGGAAGGGAUUUUGUAUUUUCCAUUCUUGAUGGCAUUAAGUGAAAUUUAACAAAAACCUAGAAAAAAAAGCUUGAAAAAUUAGUAAGGUUUUGAAGAAGAGUACCGGGCCAAAGCCAGUGCUUUCUCAUUGGGGUUCUGACAUAAACUCUGUUAACAGUAGAAAGUUAAUAAGACCUUGAACGUAUGCAUAUUUGGGGCUGGUACUUAUGACAGUACAAUCAAUCACUUGGGAGAUAUCUUCCAAAUUAGUUUAAGUUCACAGGUCAUGGAGUCCAGACUACUGGCACAGAGAGCCUGGCAUCAUGCUGAGGAUGAAACCAAGAAGAUAUUCUUUUUCCCACAUGUUUUUCUGUCUACUUUCCUUCUUUCUGGUGGCACUAAGUCUCAUCUAUGACAUUUGACUGACAAUAGCAAUAUGGGUCUGUAUUGCCCUAAUUCCUGGAACAUAAAUUUGCUUGGGGUACCAGUUCUAGUGGCUGGGAAUUAGUGUGCUUUCUCAUUUUUUUUUUUUUGGAUGGGAGGUUGAUACCUUAAUAAUCUAUUGUCCUAUUGACUCUUUGGACUCUGAAAAUGUGUGACAUGCAAUUGUGGGGUUAGAGUAAUUCAGCUCCUGAGGUCCUGAAGGAACUACACCCAAUCAAGAGGAAGACAGCCCAGGCUGCAGCUGCUGAAGGAUUCCCACUCAUAUUUAUCCAGACAUCUUUGUGAGAUCUAUAUGGCUGAAAUGAGAAAAACAAGACAUUAAGAAAGGCAAAAUUUUGGACACUAAUUCCUUUGGACUUUAAUAGAAAUUUAAUUUGGAGCAUUUAUUUAAUGGUUGGGGAGGGUAUUGUAGAGUUCAAAUUAAGGCAUUUUCAUUACGUUGUUGACAUUGUAUUAUCUGCACUAUUUAAUGAUGUUUUCAGAGGUCGUUUUAUAAUUUUCGUAAGUUAUGUCAGGUAGUAUGGCUAGACAUAAUUGUAAAUUUUAGAGAUAAAGUAGUGGAUUUUUAGAUGGGGGUGUAAUGUAACCUUGGAGUUAAUUUAAUUCCUGCCCUAUGAUGACCCAUUUCAGAGGCUCUGAAGGACUUAACUAGACUUGCUCACCAAUUUUACACAGAUGGUAACAGAACUUUCCUAAGAAAGGUGUUUCUGGUCUCUCCCUAGAAGGGGACAGCCAAGCCACAUGCCUGUUUGUUGACCAGAGCCUGAAGUGUUAACUACUGUGGCUUAAAAGGACAAAAAUGUCUAAAAGUGUGAUGAAGUCUAUCCUCUGCCUCUCUCCAUGUUCCUGACUCAAGAAAAUAAAAGAAUUUUACCUCUCAAAAAUAUUUGGAAGAAAAUUUCUGCCCAUAACCUCUUAAUAUUUAUUUUGGUAUGGGGGGAGGAGUAAAUCUAAUGAAACUGAGUAAAGGGUUAUAAAGGAUAGGGAGCUUAGGCUCUUCUUGGCUCAUCAACUCAUUCCUCACAGCAAAGUAUGGGAAAAACUUCAGUCUUUCAGUACAUGGCUGGGCAAACGUUUGCUCAGUAGACCUAACUUUCUGCUUGAGGAAGGGAAUCCCUAAGUCUUUAGAUUUGGGGUAGAAGUUCGCUUUAGCCUCAGGUCCAAGCUGUGUUCUCCAAUCUAGCUCUAUCAACAAUGAAGCUAGUAUCUAUUUUUAUUAUUUUUAAUAUAUAAAUUGGUUUUUAAAAACAAAUAGUGUAGGUUUGUGGUAAAAGUCAAACAAUACAAAAGGAUAUACAGUAAAGAAUAAGUCUCUUUUCCUAAUUCCCACCCUGGCCUCAGUCUUCUAGUCCUAAUUUCCAAAGGUAACUACUGUUACCAGUUACUUUUGUAUCCUUCCAAAGAUAUUCCAUGUAUUUACAAGCGUAUUGUGUGUGAGUAUGUGUGUGUAUCAGUUUAAAAAAAAACACAAAUGGUGGCAUAGUAUACAUGCCGUUCUGAUAUUUGCUUUUUUUCACUAAAUAACAUAUUAAAGCUGAUAUUUUAAUCCCUA